AUGGCCGACGGCGGCGCCCCUGGCAUCCAACCCCACCGGCCGGUGGUGUGGCAUAUCCCCCAGACGGGAGAGGUCUUUACUUCGUACGAGGCGUACUUGAAGCGGAUGGACUUUUACAAGCAGGUAACACACAAACGCCGCCCUGGACCCGGCACCCCGUGGGAGAGAGGAAUGAAGGCUCACCGACCCCGUCAACAGCGCAGGUUCAACGACCAGAUCACCGGCCAUUCCGGAUUGACCUUUUUCGAGGCUUUCUCCAGCGAGGUUCGCCGCUCCAUCGUGCCCCCGUGCCCCCGUGUCCCCGUCCCCCGUCUGCCCGUCUUCCCGCCUCGGGGAUGGCACUUGUUCGCCGCUGACCCUCCUGCUUCGCAGCUUGCCGGCGGUCGUGAGGUCGAGGCCGCCUUUCCAGAGGCUCUCAAGGGCCCCAUCCUCCGCAAGGUCCAGUUCCAGAUCGUUUCCCGGCUCGACAACCUCGUGGACAUGAUCUACGACGAAUUCAAGCGCGACUUUUACCCGGGCGAGGAGGUUACCGUCACCAUGGAUGGCGGGGAGCGGGUCCACGGUCUCGUUCGAGACAAGACAACCUUUGGCCCCAGGAUCCUCUCGGAUGGCUCCCGAUCCCAGCCGGUCACCCGCUAUCACGUGAACCUCAAGGACACGGAGGAUGAGAGCAUGGUGACGGACGAGCACAUCUGCCGCGACCGGGGCAUCUUCACAAAGGCCAUGCUGAGGUCCUUUAUCAAGAAGACGGUCGCUCGGGAGGCGUGGAACGGCGCACCCUGGCUCGUCAAGCACGAAUACGCGAACCAGUACCACAUCGACACGAGGGUGCCCCCGCAUCUCCGGCACGACACGAAGCUCCAGGAGCGUAAGCAGCUGCAGGCUCGGAAGCGUGCGGCGGCCCCGCCUGACGUCAACGGCCACGGGUCCCAUCUGCAAUCCGGUCCCGUCAGGCUACCCGAGCUCAAGCCGGCCCCCAAGAGCCAGAAGGGCAAGCAUGGCCAGCAUCCAAAGGCCAUCAAGUGGCCGCUGGGCAUGUCCGUCAACGGCGCCCACGCCGUCAACGGUGUCCACGCCGUCAACGGCGGCACGUACCCGCCCGGCCACUACCGAGACCACCGAGCCGCCGCGGAUCCGACGCCGACGCCUCCGCCGCCGCCGCCGCCGCCGCCGCCCAAGUACCCGAUAGAGGACCUGCAGCUGGAGCCCAGGGAGGGAAGCGUGCGGCCUCGACUCAGGUUCAUGUGCCGGGACCCUCCGGUCGAGGUCGACGACGACGACGGCGCCGCGUCGGCCUACGGCAACAUCGACAUGGCCUCGGUCGGCUCGCUGCUGGAGACGUGGGACAGCCUCAACGUCUACUGCGAAAUCUUCCAACUCGACUCCUUCACCUUUGACGACUUCGUCGAAGCGAUGCAGGUGGCUUCGACCGAGGUCCCGGUUCAGCUGUUCGACGAGAUCCACUGCUCCGUCCUGAAGAUCCUCGUCGAUUCGGAAAAGGACGGCGGCCGAGUGCGCAUCACCCUUCCCGAGCUCGAGGAGGUCGACGCCGAGGCCGGCGACGACGACGACGACGACGACGCAGAGACGGCCGAGCCCGAGCCCGAGCCCGCGCCGAAGCCGAGCGGGCGCGCGACGAGGGGCAGCCUCGCCAAGCUCGAGGCCGAACGUCUCGCGGCCGAGGCGGCGGCGGCCGAGGAGGAGACGCUGCGGGCGGAGCUGGAGUCGAAGCACCGCGCCGACGAGCUGCUCAGGGGGUACGACUGGAUCGAGCACCUUCGAAGACGAGACUUUGCCCGCGGUGGGUGGGAGCGAAUCGUCGUCGGCCUCCUGCACCAGCUGUCCAAGCAGGAGCGCUACGAGACGGUGUGCGAGGAGCUCCUCCACCAGCUCGUCCCGCCCGGCACGGAGCCGACGCAGGAGGCGGUGCAGGAGAGGUACGGCGCGCUCGACGUCAACCACCGCGUCCGGGCGCUCCAGCUCCUGUGCAUGCUCACGAUGGAGACGAAGGCGGUCCGGGGCUUCAUGGAGGACUGCAGCGAGACCAUGACCAAGUACCGCAAGGAACGGAUCGAGUGGCAGAGGCAGCGCAAGCAAGCGACCGAGGACCUGCGUCAGCUCAACGACGAGCGAAAGGCGCUGCUGCCCGAGGGCACGCCGUCGGAGGAGGCGGCCAAGGUCGACGAGGACGGCAAGGCGGCGGACCUCGAGGACUCUCAGCUCGAGAGGGACGACGAGGCCGAGGUCAGCAACGACGAACGAAAGGCGCACGCUCCGACGGGCCGCAUCCGGCAGGCGGCGGAGAAGCAGCGCAGGCGCGAGGAGGAAAAGGAGCGGCUGGCCAAGGAGAAGAAGGAGCUGGCGGAAAAGGCGCGCAAGGAGGCGGUCAAGCUGCCGGGUCCGCAGAUGAAGCAGUACAACAAGCUCCUCAAGGAGAUUCAGAAGAAGGAGGGCAUCAUCAAGGAGUGCGAGGUCGAGAUGGCCAUCAUCGAAAACGACCUGCGCGAGGCCGACUGCCCGAGGACGCGGGUGCUGGGCAAGGAUCGGUUCUGGAACCGGUACUACUGGUUCGAGCGCAACGGCAUGCCGUACGGCGGCCUGCCCAACAGCUCGACGGCCGACGCCGAGUACGCCAACGGGUGCCUCUGGGUGCAGGGUCCCGACGAGCUCGAGCGCGAGGGGUACAUUGACGCGCCGGCCGAGCUGCAGGACGAGUACAGGGCUCGCUUCAAGAUGACGAUCCCGGAGCGCAAGGCGACGGAGGAGGGCGGGACGAGCGUCUUCAACGCGCGGCAGUGGGGCUACCUGUCGGAGGCCGAGGACGUCGAACGGCUGAUCCACUGGCUCGACCCCCGCGGCUUCAACGAGCUCAAGCUCCGCAAGGAGCUGGUCCACUACAAGGAGAGGAUCGCGACGCACAUGAGGAAUCGCGGCAGGUACCUCAAGGCCGAGGCCGAGGACGAGGUCAAGGAGGAGGCGGUGGUGAAGCGGACGAGCUCCCGGAUCCGCGAGAGGACGCCGGAGGCGCGCAGCUACCGAUGCGCGCGGUGGGUGAACACGAUGGCGCUCGACGAGCUCGGCCACCUGCACAGCCAUCCGCCGCCGCCGCCGCGGGCGAAGAAGCAGUCGAGGAAGCGGGAGGCGGCCGCCGAGCCGACGGGCAGGGGGGCGAACAAGGCGCGGCGCAAGUGA